AUCUCGCCAGCGCAUCUCCAUUCCAGCCAUCAUCCUCCUCGUCGUCUUGCUCGCUCGCGGUGCCACUGCCACCGGCCAGUCGCCCACCCGCACGCCUCGCCGUUUUUUGUCAUCUCGCCGACGCCGCGGAUAAGGAAUGGCGAGGCAGCAAGCAACCGGCCAAAGACUAAACUAAUCUGGCAAGUAAGAGGAAGCAAAGAUCGACUGCGGAAGGCAAGGCAGGGACGCAAUCCGGAGGGAAUUAAUUGCUUUCCUUCCUCCCUUUCCGUGGAAAGGGACCGGCGCUCGCGGCGACCAGGAAGGCAAGGAACGCGUCCGGUUCUUGGAUAAGCGGAGGCGCGGCACCGCACCGCACGCGGCAUUCGCCUAUAUAACAAGGCCGCCGUGGGUGGGAGGCGGAGGGACAACUCCGUCUACACGCGCGCGCACCCGCCAAAGUCUUCUCCCGCGAUUUUCUUCGUCUCCGCUCUCUUCGUGUUCGGGUUGUUGGCCGAGCGACUGUUGGGAUUCUCUAGAGGAGGUUGAAAGUACUUGAAACAAAUGGGGAUUGGGGAUGCAUCACCUAGUGAAAACCAGUCUGCACACAAGGAAAAGAGGGAUGAGACCACGCCACUUCUCCCGCUCAAGGCGGAAGAGGAAGAUGGGAUCCAUGAGUUCAAUGGAGCGUCUUUCUCGGGUGCAGUUUUCAAUCUGUCGACAACCAUUGUGGGGGCUGGAAUUAUGGCCCUGCCUGCAAGUAUCAAGAUGCUAGGCAUUAUCCCUGGUAUUUUGAUGAUCAUCCUUGUGGCAUUGCUCACUGAGGCAUCAAUUGACAUGAUGGUCAGGUGCAGCCACCAGGCCAAGAUUACAUCCUAUGGCUGGCUGAUGGGUGACUCUUUUGGUCAAUGGGGGAGGAUUGCGCUGCAAGCAUCUGUGGUCAUAAACAACAUUGGCGUCAUGAUUGUAUACAUGAUUAUCAUCAGUGAUGUGCUAUCAGGAACAUCUACAACUGGUGUUCAUCACCGGGGUAUCUUUGAGGGGUGGUUUGGUCCUCAUUUGUGGAAUUCUCGUCCAGUUGUUCUCCUUGCCACAACUAUUUUUGUGUUUGCUCCAUUGGUGAGCUUUAAGCGAUUGGAUUCAUUGAGAUACACAUCUGCUCUUUCAGUUGCCCUUGCUGUGGUUUUUGUUGUCAUCACUGCUGGAAUUGCUAUUCUCAGACUGAUAGAAGGGACCGCGGAGAUUCCCAAACUCUUCCCUGAGAUACAUGAAAUCAAUUCCAUCUGGGAACUCUUUACAGCUGUGCCGGUUCUUGUCACUGCCUACAUUUGCCACUACAAUGUUCACAGCAUUGAUAACGAGCUGGAAGAUAGAAGUCAGACUAAGCCAAUUGUGCGAACUUCACUGGCUCUCUGUUCAAGUGUUUAUGUUGCAACAAGCUUCUUUGCAUAUCUCCUCUUUGGCGAGGGUACCCUCUCCGAUGUGCUCGCCAAUUUUGACUCCGACCUUCAUAUUCCAUUCAGCUCUGUCUUCAAUGAUAUAGUUAGAGUGAGCUAUGUAGUCCAUGUCAUGCUCGUUUUCCCUAUAGUCUUCUUUGCCCUUAGGCUCAACCUGGAUGGACUCCUCUUCCCCACCUCAAGGCACAUUUCUCAUGACAACCGAAGGUUUACCAUUAUCACCGUCUCACUCCUUGUUGUGAUUUAUCUUGCUGCCAACUUCAUACCAAGCAUCUGGGAUGCGUUCCAGUUCACUGGUGCUACAGCUGCUGUCCUGAUUGGUUUCAUCUUUCCUGCCAUGAUCAUACUCAGGGAUUCUUAUGGGAUUGCAACCAAGCGCGACAAGGUUUUAGCUGUAACCAUGAUUGUGCUUGCUGUGCUCUCCAAUUCAGUGGCCCUGUACAGCGAUGCGAUGAGCAUCUUCUACAGGAAGGUGGAGGCCUAGUCUGCUCCAUGCCUCCAUACUCCAAGGGAAUAAGUCCAAUACACAUGCACAAUUCGGAGUGAUUAUUGAGCUUUAGUUAGUAUAUUGCGCAGUCAAGCAAUGUGAUUUCAUGGUGGCCACUAAUUUUUGUUUUGGACACUUGAGAGGAUUUUGUUUGCUGCAUUUGUCUAGUUUCUUGAACAUGUAAUCCGGCUCAGCAUCUAGAUGAGCAAUUUGUGAUCUGGUCGCAGGUGUUUGUAUUUAUUGGCAAGAACAAGAUUUUUAUUUACCUUUUGGGGUUAUGUACAUGUUAAUAUUCGAUCAUCUUGAAAUGGAUGUUUGAGAAAGCUCUUUA